GGAGCGCACGACGUGCGCGCGCCCUCGCCUUCGUCCAGCGCUGCCGCCUCCUUCUUCUGCCGCUCCUGGUGCUGCUUGUGUGCUCGUUCGGUGCGGACCUGGUGCCUCUUUUGUGAAGCGGCAGCUGAGGAGACUCCGGCGCUCGCCAUGGCCGACGAAAAGCCCAAGGAAGGAGUCAAGACUGAGAACAACGAUCAUAUUAAUUUGAAGGUGGCGGGGCAGGAUGGUUCUGUGGUGCAGUUUAAGAUUAAGAGGCAUACACCACUUAGUAAACUAAUGAAAGCCUAUUGUGAACGACAGGGUUUGUCAAUGAGGCAGAUCAGAUUCCGAUUUGACGGGCAGCCAAUCAAUGAAUCAGACACACCUGCACAGUUGGAAAUGGAGGACGAAGAUACGAUUGAUGUGUUCCAGCAGCAGACGGGCGGUGUCUACUGAAAAGGGAACCCGCUGCUUUACUCCAGAACUCUGUCCUUACAGACCAAGAACACAUUCUCAACCUGAAAACUGCGAUUGGUUCCAUCACAUCCUGACUACUGCAGCAUAGUUUUCUCUACUCUUUCAUUUCCCCUUCCCCAUUCCUUUAUUGUACAUAAAGUAACUGGUGUAUGUGCACAAGCAUAUUGCAUUUUUUCUUUUCUUUCUCUCCUUUUUUUUUUUUUUUUUAAACUAAAUGGCCAAUGGUAUGUUUUGAUUGA